AUGGCGGCGGAGUCCGAGGAGCAGCAUGACGCGACCGUGCAGGGCCGCGUGACGGGCAUCAUCUACCCGCCGCCGGACAUCCGCGCGGUGGUGGACAAGACGGCGCAGUUCGUGGCCAACAAUGGGCGCGCGUUCGAGAGCCGCAUCGUGGGCGAGCGCAUGUCGGCCAAGUUCUCGUUCCUGCGCGAGUCGGACCCGUACCACGCCUACUACGAGCACAAGGUGAGCGAGUUCAUCGCCAAGAAGAACGAGCCGCCGCCGGCCCCGGAGGAGCCGCAGCAGCAGCAACAGGAACAUGCGGCAGAGCAGCAGACACAGCAGCAGCCGGAACAGGACAAGACGCAGGAGGUCGUCAAGGCGGCGGAGUCCUCGGGCGACGUGGUCGUGGAGAAGAAGGCGGUACAAGAUGUUACGGCCCAAGUGGCCAAAAAGAUCAAGGAGAAGGAGCUGGAGCCGCCGCCCGAGGAGAAGUUCAUUAUCAAGCACCCGUCGCUCAGCGCGCUGGACCAGGAGAUCAUGUACCUCACGGCGCAGUACACGGCGCUGAGCGGCAGCUCCUUCCUGUCGGGACUUGCCACCCGCGAGCAGCGAAACCCGCAGUUCGACUUCUUGAAGCCUACGCACCCGCUGUUCGCCUACUUCACGGCGCUAGUGGAGAGCUACACGCUGGUGCUGGCCAAGCAGGACGCGCAGAUGAAGCGGAUAGAGGAAGGGAUGGAGCGCAUGAAGGUGUUGGACCGAUGUGUCCAUCGGAUGGAGUGGCAGCGUACCGAGCAGGAACGCAAGGACAAGGAGGCAGCGGAAAGCGAUGCCGAGCGGCGUGCGCUUGCACAGAUCGAUUGGCAUGACUUCGUUGUAGUAGAGACUAUUACUUUCGACGGCGAUGACGAUUUGGGAGCCGCUGCUGCCGCAGGUGACGGAGAAGCAAAGGGAUCGGAUGACGAGGAUAUGGAUAUGGAGGAGGACGAUGAUGAUGAGCCCAAGCCAGGUAUCAAAGUGGUGGAAAAUUAUGUACCGCAGGCCACAGCAAUGACGGCGCAGCAGCCACUGCUGAGUGUGGAUGGUAAGACGCUUUCGUCCGCCGAGGCCAACGAACACAUGCGCAUCUUGUUGAUGAACCCGAAGUGGCGCGAGGAAACUCAGCGGCACUUGGAGAAGCAGAAAGAGAGCUCAUACGCUGCAGGAUCGGCCAUCGCAGACUCGUUGAGGAGAUUUGCUACGAAGCGUGCGGAUAUCUUCGCAUCAUCCGCUGAGGAAGAAGCGCGGCUGCUGCAAGCGACGACAGCGCCGACGGCUGCAGAGCAGCAGCAACGACAGCAACAACAACAGCAUCAAGAGCCUCGCGAGGACGAUAUGGAGGAGGAUUCAGAUGAGGAAGAGAAAAAAUCCGCUCCUGCGGAGGAAGCUCCAAGUCAGCCUGGGUUUUCUGAAGCUGGACAACUACCACCAGGAGCUCCGAUGGCCCAACCUCCACCAGGAAUGUCCGCCCCCAUGGUCUCCGUUCCUAUGAUGGGGGCUCCUGGAAUGGGCGCAGGUUCUGGGCCACCAAGCAUGAUGCCCCCGCACAUGCAGGUGGCACCAGGAAUGAGCAGUGGUCCUCCCGGUAUCGGUGCUGGUCCUCCGGGUGUUUCAGGACCUCCGGGCGAAGACCUUGAGCCAGCAGCAAAGCGACAACGUACAGGCGGUUCGUCUUUGCUUCCAGAGAAUGAGUUUGCCAUCCGGCAUCCGGGAGCUGUGCGGUUGGUUGUGAAGGUUCCGAACGAUCCUGACAAUGCCCAGUGGAAGCUGGAGGGGCAGACAUUGAAUGUGGAGGUGGAUGUAAAGGACAACAUGCGGACACUCAAACAGAAACUCAUGGUAAGCUUUUUGGCUGUGCUGCAAUGUUCACCUCCACUAACGAUGCUCUCUAUUUUACAGGCUGAUCUGCAGAACAUGCCGGUAAACAAGCAGCAGCUCAAGUUCUCGAUGGGUUUCGUCAAGGACACGCUUACGUGCGCUCACUACAACUUUGUGAACGGCACAGUGUUGGAGUUGAGCGUUCGCCAACGUGGUGGCAGGCGGUAG